AUGUUGUCCCAUCCACUCAUCAGAGGAACCGGCCCUACGGCCCGCCGAUACUUUCUUCAAGGCCUCUACCACCGUCCAUCAUACGCAUCUCCCACCCUUCUAUCAUCUCGAGCACAGUCCUCCUCCUCCUCCAACCCCCAAAACAAUCAACCCCCUCCUCCAGAGCUAGCCUUCGACCGCACAGCCCUCAACAUCGAGCAGCACGAGACCUGCAAAUGGGGCACCGACGACGCCGUCGCCAGCCACCAGUCCUCGUACGACCCGUCCAUGACCUCGCCCGAGAUCGAGUACACAGCCGAGGAGGCAGAGUUCAAGCUCGAGGGCGAGGACCACAGUCCGUUGUACGUCAGCCCUGCGAACCGCGAGGUCAGCGAGCUGCUGGAUCCGAUGGUCGGGGGGGCCGUUCAUUGUGCGGAUCGUCUGGGGCCGAGUGCCAGGGGCUGGACGAGGAAGCAUAGGGUUGUGAGGAUUAGGGAUUUUCCGGGGAGUCGGUGGAAGCAGUAUGAGAAGGCGUUGGAGAGGUUGAGGGUUCAGAGGGAGGGGGGAGGUGUUGGGAAGGAUGGGAAGGUUUGA